AUGGAUCAAGUCAUGGACGGUGGGCGACUGCCCCUCGAGACAUGGUUUUGGGAAAUGCCAAUUUGCACUCGAUGGUGGACCGUUGCAACCAUAACCAUGAGCGCUCUGGUUCAGUUCCAUAUGGUGACGCCCUUCCAGCUAUUUUACAGCUUCCGGGCUGUAUUCGUCAAAUCGCAGUAUUGGCGACUAUUGACGACGUUUCUUUACUUCGGGCCCUUCUCCCUUGACCUUCUCUUCCAUGUAUACUUCCUGCAACGCUAUGCCCGGCUUCUUGAGGAAUCGUCCGGUCGCUCCCCCGCUCAUUUCUCGUGGCUUCUAGUCUACGCCAUGGCUAGCCUCAUUGCCCUCUCCCCCCUUGUGUCGAUGCCUUUCCUCGGACAUCCGCUUUCCUCGACACUCGUAUACAUCUGGUCACGACGCAACCCGGAGACACGUCUGAGCUUUCUCGGUCUUCUAGUCUUUACAGCACCUUACCUGCCAUGGGUUUUGAUGGGCUUUAGCCUUGUCAUGCAUGGGUCGGUUCCCAGGGACGAAAUUAUGGGUGUUGUCAUCGGUCAUGUCUGGUAUUUCUUCAACGACGUAUACCCUCCUCUUCACCGGGGCUCCCGACCUCUAGACCCCCCGCGAUGGUGGAGGCGACUAUUCGAGGGACGCCCGGCCAACCAGUCGGACAACACAGACAAUAGUGACAUCUUGGUCGCUGGCCCGAGGGAUAUGGCUGCUCCAGAGGUGGCCCACUAG